AGCUUCGACGCAUCUUCCGCCUAUUUAAACCCUCGCCCAGCUCCAUCUAGGCACCACACAAUCACAAAUACAAAGAGUGAGAAAGAAUUAGCUGAACUAAGAGCUCAGCCAUGGCAGCCAUUGCAAAUGCUUCUUCCUUUGUUAAGCUCUCGCUCUUUGUUGUGGUGGUGGCGUUGGUGGGGGUGAUGUCUGCAACGGCGGACACAUCCUGCAACUCGGUGUACUCGCGCCUCAUGCCAUGCAUGGGCUACGUCACCGGCGGCGGCGUCACGCCCCCCUCCGACUCCUGCUGCUCCGGCAUCAAGGGCCUCAAGUCCGGCCUCAAGCUGCAGGCCGAUCGCCAAUCGGCCUGCCGCUGCCUCAAGGACCUUGGCUCCCGCUACGCCGGCGCCAUCGACUUCAACAUCGUCAAGGACCUGCCACAGAAGUGCGGCGUCUCCCUCCCCUACAAGAUCUCCCCCUCCAUCGACUGCAGCACGGUACACUGAAUUAAUCAGUAGAUGGAGCCUCACUAUAUAUGCUGCAGCUGCUCGUCAUCGGAAGACGCCGUUCCUGGUUCACAGUACUGCCGACGAUGAUCAUCUCCUACUUUAAGUUUAGUUUAGUUGUGGUCUGUGUCUUUUACGUAGUUACAAGGAGAGAGACUCAGAGAGUAAAAGUGUCGGUCCUUUAUCGAUGUUGAACCCUCUCCUUCCUUUUUCCUGUUUCUAGCUAGUGCUAGCUAAUAAACUUGUCAACU